AUGGACUCACAACUUGUACCGGGCGUUGUUGUCCUCAACAAGAGGUACUUCUCCCGAGAUCCCCUUGUUACGGCAAAAGUCGGUGCUAGUUCCUUCACUUUCGCCGUUCUUCGCGUACUUCUCGACCAGAAUAUACUGUCCGGAGUCGUUUUGUAUUGCCGAGAUGAACAGUUGGCUACUCCACACUGCGAAGUUGAAGAGGACUGGAACGGGGCCAUUAUAGUCACCAUGUAUUUCAACUUCAAAAUGGACAAACUGCAGAUUGCUACUGGUCUGCAAAAGGCCUUCCGGCUCGCUUCUACCAAGAACGCCACGCCGUCGCAUCCUAUUGUCUACUACCAGACUGACACGCUCCUUCACUACCACCCGGAAGGCUAUCGGUUCUGUGUCACACACCACGGGCCCUUCGCUUCACACUUUGCUCAGGAAUACUCCCUUGAUCUUGCACGACUAUCCUUCGGUGGUUCCCAAGACAAAGCCGCCACGCUCUGUCAGCAGCAACGACUUGGUAUCCAACGCCUGCUCCAGGACAACCAGGGUACUGUUCUCGCCCAUUCGAGACUCCAACAACGCAUAUUGGAAAAUGCAGGGCUCAACACCAACAGGUUCAACUACCUCCACCCACCAAUCGGAGUACCCCCCUGCAACGACCCAACAAUACUUCCCACAGCUAUGCAGCAUUUCAUCCACGGGGCAGAUCUCGUCCUCCUCACAGCCGUGGCGCGCCUGGACUACUUCAAGAACGUCGAACUGACAAUCCAAGCCGGGCUCGAGCUCCUCAAGGCAGGCACCCCGGUCCGGGUCCUCGUCGUGGGGGACCCAGAGGCCGACAGCUCGCGCCGCAGGGCCCUCCUCGAGCCGGUCUCGGCAGACCUGCACGCGCACUUCAUGGUGGCGCCCCGGCUGCCCAAGGACAAGCUGUACGCGCUGUUCAGGGCAGUGCGGCGCAGCGGCGUGUUCCUGUGCACGUCGCGGUACGAGACGCUGGGCAUCACGCCCCUCGAGGCGGCCGCGGCCGGCGUCGCCACCCUCGUCACCGAGACCCCCAACGUCGAGGCGCUGGCCUUCGUGCCCGCCGGGUGCCGGGUGCCGCAGGAGGCGGCCGCGAUAGCUGCCAGGGUGCAGGCCAUCCGCCGCGACGGGGUCCCCGCCUGGGCGGAGAUGGUCAAGCGCCAUGUGCGGCCUGCGACCUCGCUCGAGGGGUUCCGGGAGGACCUGUUGGCUGCCUGGGCCGGGAUGUCGGCGGCCGACGCGCGAGGUGCUGUCACUGGUGCUGAUAGCCGCAGCGAUCAGUCUUUACAAAACGGGGAACGGAGGAGGUGCUGCUGCUAG